GCGGGGGCGGGCGGCAGCAGCGCCCCCGCACUCCCCGCGCCUCACACACUUGCACCGGCCGCUCGCGCGCAGCCCGGCGUCGCCCCGCGCUGCGCUCGCUCCUCCCUCCCUCCUCCCGCUCCGUGGCUCCCGCGCUCCCGGCGAGGCUCAGGCGCCGAGCGCGCGGACGGGCGCACGGACAGACGGCCCCGGGGACGCCUCGGCCCGCGCCUCCCGGGCGGGCUAUGUUGAUAGCCCCGCCGGGGCCGGCCCGCGGGAUCAGCACUGCCCGGCCCGCGGCCCCGGCGGCCAGCGGGGACUAUGAACCGGAAAGCGCGGCGCUGCCUGGGCCACCUCUUUCUCAGCCUGGGCAUGGUCUACCUCCGGAUCGGUGGCUUCUCCUCGGUGGUAGCUCUGGGCGCGAGCAUCAUCUGUAACAAGAUCCCAGGCCUGGCUCCCAGACAGCGGGCGAUCUGCCAGAGCCGUCCCGACGCCAUCAUCGUCAUAGGAGAAGGCUCACAAAUGGGCCUGGACGAGUGUCAGUUUCAGUUCCGCAAUGGCCGCUGGAACUGCUCUGCACUGGGAGAGCGCACCGUCUUUGGGAAGGAGCUCAAAGUGGGGAGCCGGGAGGCUGCCUUCACGUACGCCAUCAUUGCCGCCGGUGUGGCCCACGCCAUCACAGCUGCCUGUACCCAAGGCAACCUGAGUGACUGUGGCUGCGACAAGGAGAAGCAAGGCCAGUACCACCGGGACGAGGGCUGGAAGUGGGGUGGCUGUUCUGCCGACAUCCGCUACGGCAUCGGCUUCGCCAAGGUCUUUGUGGAUGCCCGGGAGAUCAAGCAGAAUGCCCGGACUCUCAUGAACUUACACAAUAACGAGGCGGGCCGAAAGAUCCUGGAGGAGAACAUGAAGCUGGAGUGUAAGUGCCAUGGCGUGUCGGGCUCCUGCACCACCAAGACGUGCUGGACCACGCUGCCGCAGUUCCGGGAGCUGGGCUACGUGCUCAAGGACAAGUACAACGAGGCCGUUCACGUGGAGCCCGUGCGCGCCAGCCGCAACAAGCGGCCCACCUUCCUGAAGAUCAAGAAGCCGCUGUCGUACCGCAAGCCCAUGGACACCGACCUGGUGUACAUAGAGAAGUCGCCCAACUACUGCGAGGAGGACCCGGUGACAGGAAGCGUGGGCACGCAGGGCCGCGCCUGCAACAAGACGGCCCCGCAGGCCAGCGGCUGCGACCUCAUGUGCUGCGGCCGCGGCUACAACACCCACCAGUACGCCCGCGUGUGGCAGUGCAACUGCAAGUUCCACUGGUGCUGUUACGUCAAGUGCAACACCUGCAGCGAGCGCACCGAGGUGUACACGUGCAAGUGAGCCCCGCACGCCGCCGCGCCGCCCUCCGGCCGGGUGGGCGCCUCCAGCCGCACGUCAGACUGCGGGGAGGACCGGACGGCUUCCAAGCUGCAGUCACCCUGGCGGAUCUCCUCCCGGAUCUGCACGGGGAACCGCAGGAAUGCUGAGCUUGUCUUUUCUGCUGUAGGGACACCUCUCGCGGGGUUUCCGGCGGGCGCCGGUCGGAAAGAUCUCUCCAGAGCCCUUGCCUGUUCUCUUCCUCACCCACUGCUGCUGCACCCGACCCCAGACACCGCCGGCGGGGGCGGGGAGGGGGGCCCUCCCUGGCAGGAGCAGAGCCUCUUCGCACCAGGAGCUCUGGACCCUUGGGCCUCAACAUAGCAAUAUUUAACAAUUUAUUCUGAUAAAAAAAUAAUAUUAAUUUAUUUAAUUAAAAAGAAUCCUUCCACCUCGUCGGGAUCCGUUUUCUGCAAAGUGGACCGCUUGCUUUCCUUGCGGGAUAAUUUUGUCACUAGGGCAAGGAGCCGAGUAGAACUGUACAUAAUUAUUCUUUAUGCAGAUAUUUCUACUAGUUGACUUUGCAGGUACCCCCUUGCAGCACUAGAUGUUUAAGAGCAGAUGUCCUUUAUACAUAUAUAGAUAUAUAUACACACACAUUUAUAUUUUUUUGCUGUUUGCUGCUACUUAUCCAGAAAUUUAAGCUGGUCCAGAUUUGGAGACGUUUCCCACCCUCGAGUCCUUCCCAGCUCAAACUGACACCAGUAGAAAAAUCCAGUUUGGAAUACAGAGAGAGAGGAAAGAUGAUAAUAAAACUCCCAGCAGUUUCCAUCUUUUGGAAAGUGAGCCACUGGAUAAGAGAGAAUAUUUUGUUAAGAGACUAUUUUUAUAUGAAUAUUUUAUUUAUAUCGAGUCUGCCUGUAUCAUUCCAUGGCCUGUGCUGCUUCUUAAUUCCGGUACUCACUUUGGAGUAAGGAGGAGCGAGGCCUGGUCCCCACGGGGACCCUCACAUAGCUGGGUUCUCGAGUUCUGUUGGCCAAGUGGGCAAAAGUGGCCCCCGGAUGGCUGGACUGAAGUGUCAUCGGUAUUACCUGGGAAAGGAAUCAGAUCCCCAGCCUCACCUGUGAAGCUCGGGCCUUUUGAGCAGGGUCACUGAGCAGUGACCUCGUAAUGAGCCAUGUAGCAGGCAGGCCCGUGCCCUUGGCAUUGGGUGACCAUCACAGGGCUUGAUCGCCACUCAGCAGAAACCGGCUCAGGGAGGCUGCUCCUCGCCAGGAUGUCCCUGCCAUUGCCGUGUGUCCCGAGAGGUGAGGCCAAGUCCUCAGUUACGGGGCAGAAAAGCUGGGGUGAGGGGUCCCAAGGACGGCAGGGCUUCCUACGGAUGUCACGGUCCUGGGGCAGACUGGCAGAGAGGUGUAGACGAGGCCUCUCUGCUCCGGCUCCACCCACAUCCAGUGCCUCUCGACCUGGAAAGCUCUCCUGCAAGAGGCUGUGUGUGUCCUAACAUGUGUCCGUUUGCAUUUCCGUGUGCACGUGUGUGUGUGUGUGUGUGUGUGUGUGAGACCUUCGGGAGACUUGGGGUCGUCGUGUGACUUUGCACCUUCACGCCCCUCUGGGGUCCCGAUGUGCGUACAUCUUGUGUGCCCCCGCAUAUGCCCGGCUGUGUGUGUCUCUCUCUCCAUGUGCCUGAGAGAUUCAGGGUGACGUGUGCAUGCGGGCGUGCUCCUGGGCAGCUGCUGGUCCCCUGGUGUCUCCGCUUGUGGGUGAGGUGUGGUGUGCAGGGACCUUUGGCAAUUGUGUUGAGCCAUCGAGAUGGCUCCUCUGGGCUCUGUGCCCACAGACACUGGUGAAACUCAGAUACCUCUGAGACCACAGCCUGAUGGCCCCACGUGCUGGGAGCCCCUCGGUGUCUGGGCUCUGUUGGACUCCCCAAUGUCAGCACUGGGCCUGGAUUGCAGCAUGGACAAAUAAAAUGGCUGGAUGGUUGGUUGA